AUGUCCCUCUCUCGUUUCAGCGCCAUUCCUCCUUUCUACUAUGCUGUCUUUGCAGUCUAUGAGCCUUUCCUCACCUUCGCGGGGCUCGUCGGCACGCUAUCAGACCCGGAACGAACGUACAACCAGCAAGCACCCUGGCCACGUUCCGCGCCACCACCCGACUCUUUACCCCUCGCCGCAAACGUGACCAUCAUCCAACUCGCCAACGUCUGUGCCCUCCUCGGCCUCGUCAAUCUCUUCAUCCUCUCCGCCGCCCGCAAACACCUUCAUCAAUAUCCCGCGAUGCAAGAACACAUCGUCUCCGCACUCCUCACGCCCCUCCUCAUUGGAGACGUCCUUCAUCUCGUACUCACCCUCUACGCUCUCGGCGAAGAGAGGUGGCAUUUCGAGAUGUGGAGCAGCACGUCUUGGUUGACUAUGGUCCUCGGGGUGUCGUUGUUGGCGCCGAGAGUCGCUUGGCAUCUCGGUCUCGGGAGAUAUGUUGACAAAAGGGACGGGAGGAUUAUAUGAUAUGAUUGGCGCUACGACGUUGGCCGAAUAUUCGGGCGCAGGAGGCGGAAGGAACAGAAGGGAGAGUGAGACGCUGAGGAGUACUGCGGACAAGGGAGGGUGUGUGGAUCGAGAGCUUGUGUUGUUCCGCAAGUCUCUUUCCGGUCGGUUUCUCCCAUUAGGGUUGUGGGUUGUAUCACUGAAAACGUUCAGACCGCUUUUUUGCUGUGAAAUCGCUGAGUUUGCUUAUCAUCCACUUUGGACGGUUUUGGUGCACGCGCUUGGGCGUAGACGGCGACUUACCUAGAGUUACUCUCCACUGCGCAUAUUUAUUCCUCACGCUCGUGGCUCGCUUUCUUGCUGUAUCUAUAGAGGUUCAAGGAAUCCAUACUUCUUGGCGUUGACCGUGUAUACUCGCGUCGGGCUAAAAUAUAACACAUCUGCU